UUACUUAUAAACAGCUCACGGUGGUCAGGUGAACUUUGUCUUCUGCUGUAAAAGGAUUUGGAUGACUACGAUAUCAAAUUGAACCUGUCGAUUAUUAUUCCUUGGUUUUGUCUAGCAAUGCGUACAUUUUGGAAAGCAUUAUAUUUUCCAUGUGGACAAGACUAAUCUGAAGCUGUAGGUCACAUACACAGCUAUGCACGCAAAAUUCCUCUCUCCAUUCUGUGACGGUGGAUAGCUUUAAUUUGCCUUGCUUGUUUUGAAAGAUUGCAUCACCAUGUCUGGUGAUGUUCAUAAGGUGUUACCAAAGCUUGGAGACAAACGUCUAGCAUUGACAGGAAAAAAGUCACAUCGUAUCCGCAAAUUAACAUCGAUUGUGAAUGAAAAACUAAAAAGGAAAUAUAAACGGUAUGAAAAAGUGGUUGAUAAAGAUGCUAAAAGCUUAGAAUACAGGUCAUGGCAAAAUACCAUGCCUAUUAAAGACACAAUGCUACGCAUCAGAGGCGCACAGAAAUGCCUGAAGAAACGGCGGGAAUCUGUACUUCUGGAGGACGAUCCCGAAAACAAAAAGUUCGGUAUCUACGAUGGCGUUUCUUUGGAUGCCAUGAAAUAUGAAAUAGACAAAAUCCAUAUGGAAGCUCAUCCAAGGGUCAGACGUCUUCGGAAGGUCGAACGACUUUUAGAGAGCGGCAAACAUGAUGGUCGUCUCGCCAAUUAUGAUGAUAUAAAACAUGCCUUAGAUGCGAUCAUACAAAGACCAUCAUUUAUGCGUAAAAACGAGACAUCCCUGACCAUGGGUUUAAAUGGUUUCCAUGACUAUAUGCGGCCCGUAAGUGCCCAUUCCUCUCCAGACGAUUUCCCCGUUAACAAGAGGUCCCGUGAUGCGCAAUUGCGGCUUCCACCCAUCGUUGCGAGCCGUGAAAACUCGAACCUCGGGGCAGGCUUUGACCGGAUCAAGUCUAUGUCACUACCGACCCUGUUUGGCGACGGGAGGGCUAAUACAUUUUCAUACGACGCCGCCAAGUUUAAACGGAAAUUCAGUAGUUUUCGUAAUUACUGACCUGCCUUGUAAUCGUACAUGUAAACACAUGUUUAGUAUUAGGUUACCCGUGCAUACAAACAGCUGAACAUGAGGAAAAUGUCCUGUUAAUCAAACACAUUCGAACAAGCCCGAAGACACCAUUCAAAAUGUGACGGUUACAUUAGUGAUGGAUGGACAAAAAAAAAAAAAAAAAACAACAUGUAACGAUAUUUCUCAAAAUAUCGAUACCCUAGAAUUCAAAGGAGAUCAAAUAAGAAGCGUGUCAAUUAUACACCGUAAUGCUGUCCGACAGUACGAAGUAGUAUGACUUCUCCGCAAUAAGACAUUUCAGUUCUAAAGAGCUCAUCGAUUACUUUCCCGCCAAUAUCUGCGCAAAUACGUUGUAUUGGACUAUGUGUCGCUGAUAAUGUAAAUAUCCUUACAUUUUGUAUAUGUACCAAAAAGUAUAUUUUUGCGCCUGAAUUAUUGUUUUCACAAAUGUAAGUCCUUGAAACGACCAUUGUGUUCUAAUAUAUCUACUUUGUCAAUGAGCUUGUAAUUUUAACAUAAUUUGACAUGUACUUGUAUAUAUAUUCUUUAAAACGUUAACAUAAACAUUGUAUAUUCUCUGGAUUUAUGAUAUAUUCAAGUUCUUGUUAUAUAUUCUUAACUACCACACAGCCAUACAAUAUGACUAUUUAUUUCAGUUAAGACCAAUACUGGACUGGUCAUCGUUAUGUAUGACAGUGAUGACUAGUCUUGUUCUGUUUAAUUCUGUACUCAUAUUGUUUAUGAUUAUGCCGAUAUUCGUUAUGUUUAUGCCAUUAUUGAUACUAGUUAUGUUAACGUAAAUUUUACAUUUAUAUUGAUAUAAAUGUCGGUACUCCUUAUGUAUACAUACUGUAAUGCCGAUAAUCAUAAUACUUUUAUGAAAGUCGAUAUGUUUAAACCGUUAUAUCUACCAUGAUAUGAGUACACAUUAAACUUAUAUUGCUUCCUGUUAUUAUCAUGUUAAUACAAUGUUGGUUCCCAUAAUUAUCGUGUUAAUACAAUGUUGGUUCCCAUUAUUAUCAUGUUAAUACAAUGUUGGUUCCAAUUAUUAUCAUGUUAGUACAAUGUUGGUUCCAAUUAUUAUCAUGUUAAUACAAUGUUGGUUCCCAUAAUUAUCGUGUUAAUACAAUGUUGGUUCCCAUAAUUAUCGUGUUAAUACAAUGUUGGUUCCAAUUAUUAUCAUGUUAAUACAAUGUUCGUUCCCAUUAUUAUCAUGUUAAUACAAUGUUGGUUCCCAUUAUUAUCAUGUUAAUACAAUGUUGGUUCCCAUAAUUAUCGUGUUAAUACAAUGUUGGUUCCAAUUAUUAUCAUGUUAUUACAAUGUUGGUUCCCAUUAUUAUCAUGUUAAUACAAUGUUGGUUCCCAUAAUUAUCAUGUUAAUACAAUGUUGGUUCCAAUUAUUAUCAUGUUAAUACAAUGUUGGUUCCCAUUAUUAUCAUGUUAAUACAAUGUUGGUUCCCAUUAUUAUCGUGUUAUUACAAUGUUGGUUCCCAUUAUUAUGGUGUUAAUACAAUGUUGGUUCCAAUUAUUAUCGUGUUAAUACAAUUUUGGUUUCCAUUAUUAUCAUGUUAAUACAAUGUUGGUUCCCAUUAUUAUCAUGUUAAUACAAUGUUGGUUCCCAUUAUUAUCAUGUUAAUACAAUGUUGGUUCCUAUUAUUAUCAUGUUAAUACAUUGUUGGUUCCAAUUAUUAUCGUGUUAAUACAAUGUUGGUUCCCAUUGUUAUCAUGUUAAUACAAUGUUGGUUCCCAUUAUUAUCGUGCUAAUACAAUGUUGGUUCCCAUUAUUAUCAUGUUAAUACAAUGUUGGUUCCCAUUAUCAUUGUGUUAAUACACUGUUGGUUCCCAUAAUUAUCAUGUUAAUACAAUGUUGGUUCCCAUUGUUAUCAUGUUAAUACAAUGUUGGUUCCCAUAAUUAUCGUGUUAAUACAAUGUUGGUUCCCAUUAUUAUCGUGUUAAUACAAUGUUGGUUCCCAUUAUUAUCGUGCUAAUACAAUGUUGGUUCCCAUUAUUAUCAUGUUAAUACAAUGUUGGUUCCCAUUAUCAUUGUGUUAAUACACUGUUGGUUCCCAUAAUUAUCAUGUUAAUACAAUGUUGGUUCCCAUUGUUAUCAUGUUAAUACAAUGUUGGUUCCCAUAAUUAUCGUGUUAAUACAAUGUUGGUUCCCAUUAUUAUCAUGUUAAUACAAUGUUGGUUCCCAUUAUUAUCGUGUUAAUACAAUGUUGGUUCCCAUUAUCAUCGUAUUAAUACAAUGUUGGUUCCCAUAAUUAUCAUGUUAAUACAAUGUUGGUACCCAUUGUUAUCAUGUUAAUACAAUGUUGAUUCCCAUUGUUAUCAUGUUAAUACAAUGUUGGUUCCCAUUAUUAUCAUGUUAAUACAAUGUUGGUUCCCAUUGUUAUCAUGUUAAUACAAUGUUGGUUCCCAUUAUUAUCAUGUUAAUACAAUGUUGGUUCCCAUUGUUAUCAUGUUAAUACAAUGUUGGUUCCCAUUAUUAUCAUGUUAAUACAAUGUUGGUUCCCAUAAUUAUCGUGUUAAUACAAUGUUGGUUCCCAUUAUUAUCGUGUUAAUACAAUGUUUGUUUCCAUUGUUAUCUUGUUAAUACAAUGUUGGUUCCCAUUGUUAUCAUGUUAAUACAAUGUUGGUUCCCAUAAUUAUCAUAUUAAUACAAUGUUGAUACCCAUUGUUAUCAUGUUAAUACAAUGUUGAUUCCCAUUAUUAUCAUGUUAAUACAAUGCUGGUUCCCAUUAUUAUCAUGGUAAUACAAUGUUGGUUCCCAUUGUUAUCGUGUUAAUACAAUGUUGGUUCCCAUUAUUAUCGUGUUAAUACAAUGUUGGUUCCCAUUGUUAUCAUGUUAAUACAAUGUUGGUUCCCAUUAUCAUCGUGUUAAUACAAUGUUGGUUCCCAUUAUUAUCAUGUUAAUACAAUGUUGGUUCCCAUUGUUAUCAUGUUAAUACAAUGUUGGUUCCCAUUGUUAUCAUGUUAAUACAAUGUUGGUUCCCAUUAUUAUCGUGUUAAUACAAUGUUGGUUCUCAUAAUUAUCAUGUUAUACUUAUAUUAAAGUCUGUUCCAUUGAUGCUGAUCAAAAUAGCUAUGCACUUUGUAUUUAUCUUGAAGUCGGUGCCCAUUCUGACGACAUCAUUUAUGUUCAUCCUAUCGAAGGGUAUGUUUACGUCGUGGUGCCGGUAACAUUUUCAUGUUUGUGUACAUGUUGUUAAGUUUGCCAGCACUCAACUGAUUUACCAAUACUGAACAAUAAUAUAACAACAUCCACAAAAUAAGUAUUACUAGGUUCUUUAUAAGGUGAUGGCGAUCUUGUGUGUUUUAACCCAUUAUCUCAAUGCCAGUGACAAACAGGUUUUCGGGAUGAUGGUAAAUAAAAGGAAUGUGUUCGGUUAGAUGGAUGAAAUACCAUAACUGAGUGUGUUGAUCAUGGUUAUAUCAGAACCAUUCCUUUAUAGGAUAGUAUAUUGGAUACAAAAUAGUGUGCCUAAGGUACAAACGAUCUGGAAUACAUACCCUAUGAUCGAACUGCUUGCUGAUUUUAUUUUCUCAAAGAAAAUAUUUAGGGGAUAUAACUUGUCGGAAAACCAGAUAUAAUUCUUAAGGCAUUAUACAUUUUAUGAGUGUAACUAAUUGGCUGGAUUUUAAAUUGUAUUGUAGUUCAUAUCUUCAUUAGAAGAUAGUCUGUAUAAUAUAAAUAUUAUUCACAUUGCAAUUUCUCGACAUCGGAACAAAUCAAGAUUUAUUUUAGGAUCUGCCGUUAAAUAUAAAAGUGUUUUUAAAUUAAAUUCUUAGUAUUAACCGUU